CGUAGUUUAAAUCCUCUCGACCUCUGACUUGCAGUAAACUUCUCUACUUCCUGCUUGCUGUCCGACUCUCAAAAGCCUGAAAAGGCGAUGUUUUUAACAGAAAGGGAUUACAUUUCGAUUGAUUUGGACUGAAUUUGAGCACAAGAUGAGCUGGAUUCCAUUCAAAAUCGGACAACCAAGGAAACAGAUCGUUUCAAAAACGGUUGAAAGGGACUUUGAGCGGGAAUAUGAGAAGCUCCAAAAGUUGGAAGAACAGACAAAGAAGCUGCAUAAAGACAUGAAGAAAAGCACAGAGGCUGAUUUAGCAAUGUCUAAAGCAGGAGUGAAGAUCUCAGGGGACUUGUUGGGUAAUCCGUUGUGUGAGCAGGAUCAGGCUUUCCUUGACUCCAUGAACGCUCUGGAUACAGCCAUGAAGAGAAUGGAUGCGUUCAAUCAAGAGAAGGUCAAUCAGAUUACGAAGACUGUGAUCGACCCUUUGAAAAAGUACAGCAGUGUGUUUCCCAGUCUGAACAUGGCAGUAAAACGCAGGGAACAGGCUCUUCAAGAUUAUAAGAGACUCCAGUCUAAAGUGGAGAAGUAUGAAGAAAAAGAGAAGACGGGGCCCAUCAUGGUCAAACUCCAUCAGGCCAGGGAAGAACUGAAGCCUGUCAGGGAAGACUUUGAAGCCAAGAACAAGCAGCUAUUGGACGAGAUGCCCAAGUUCUACAACAGCCGCAUCGACUACUUUCAGCCCAGCUUUGAGGCUCUGAUACGAGCUCAGGUGGUCUAUUUUACGGAGAUGCACAAGAUCUUCACUGAAUUGACGGAUCAGAUUGACCAGGGCGGGUUGACAGAUGACCAGAGAAAACAAGAGAACGAGGCCAAACUCAAUGAGUUGCGAGCGCUGUCCAUCGUGGCCGAUGACUGA